AUGGAUGGAAGAACAGGUUUUGAACCUUUGAGAAACGUAGGCGAUUUGGAAUCUGUCGAUUCCGGUCAUCCGCAGGCUUGUGGCUCGAAAGGAUCACCAGGGCCUCCAGGACUAGAUGGACAGGAAGGGAAACGAGGUGACAGAGGACCGCCAGGACGUGAGGGACCAAAGGGAGAGCAAGG